AUGAAAGAUACAGCAUGCCAAGACACUUUAAACCUCAGCCUUAGGUGACUUACAGGCUCUUAUAUUUUUUGGAGUGUUCCAUUAAUCUACAUUUUGCUCUCAAUAUCUCCACUGAUGUUCGGGUAUCCAGCAGCAGGUCCUUCAUUAGCCCUGUUCAUCAAAGUCUACUGCCUCUUUGCCCUAAUUCUCCUAGUAAAGUAUCUAACCCUAACAAAUUUUCCAGAUUCUUGCAGAACUUCAGACGAAAUUCGAAAGCUCUUCACAUCCCCGAAGCCUUUUCAUGCACUUUUAGCAAUCAAUAUGAUUGUGUUCCCAAUGCUUUAUCGAGAAUUUGGGCUUUCAUUUGCCUAUAUAAGGAAUUUUGACUCGUGAAGCUAUUUUCAAGCAAUAGGGCUUGGCUUUAUGGAAGCAAUCGCAUUUAUUGCUGCACACGAGCACAUUGUCUACUGGUAUGACCCACCAUAUGGCCGGAUACAUUGGCUUGCCCUGCAAAUUCCAUCAUCUUUUAUGAAGUCACUGUUUUUUUGUGCAACGAACCUGAUAUUAAUGAGCAUUCUUUGAACAGUAACUCAUUUAAGAUUAGCCUACGAAAUGAGUUUUUAUUUCAUAUACCAAGACUUCGCUAUAGGAGCUAUUGUUUUUAAUAUCAACUAUAUUUUAACCACAAUGCUUAAAAACUUUUUGGCUAAGCCAACAUUGCUAGAUGAUGAAAACUCGAUAGGAGAGCAGCUUGCUAUAAGCGGCCUUACAAUAAAUGAUGAAAAUAUACAUUUUCAGUGCUUCCAGGACUUGCUAAGAGUAUCUAAAAAUAAUUAUGAGAGAAGGAUAAGCAUUUUCGACCCGAAAACAAGCCAAUGGAAAAUUCUUCUUGAUAAAGGAAUUGACUACAUUUCAGCAGUUUCGACACAUAUUCGGUCUUAUGCAGUUAAAAAAAGCAAAAUUAGACCAAAUGAAAUGGUUUCAGGGAUGCCUGAUUGGCAACAAUUGAUUUUCAAAUUUUUUUAUUUUAUGUAUUAUGUAUUCAAUGAACCAUUUGAUGUGCAGUUUAGAAAUGAGCUGUUUAGGAUUACCACAAUGGCUGCAUUAAGCUCAAAUGUGCUAACAAAUUUUGUGACCUGCUCAGGGAUGCAGUCGUUUAUUUUGAAAGACAAUUCUCUUUCAUUGAUUUUGCAGGCACAAGUUGAUGCUUUGCAGGAUUUGGAAAAUUAUAAGCAUAAUGAUCCAGAAAUUGACACAGGACUUUUUGAGUCAAAUAUUAACUCCUCCAUCUACUUGAAUAAUCAAAAUAUUUGCUCCUCAUGAAGGGUUUAUUUUUUCAAGCUUUAUACUAAUUUUUCUAGUUUUGAAACCAAUAUAGAAAAAAAUUUGCAUAAUAAUAUUAAUAUUUUAUGAAAUUAAUAGAGAGAAUGCAAACUAUUUAAAGUUUACAAGAUUUGAAUAAUAAGUACUAUAUAAACACAUUUAUUAUAGAUUUUUUCUCAAAAAAUAGGAUUUUUCCAAUAGAUUGUCUCUCUUGUGGAGGAGGAGCAAGAGAAACAUAAAAGAAAUCAAGCAAGAGUAUAAAGAGUGCUUUAAUUCGUUAUCGUUGAGGUCAGAUAUUUUAGGAUUUAUUCAAAGGGUUAGUAAUUAA